AUCCCCGUGGAUCCCUCUGGAUCGCUGUGGAACCCUGUGGAUCCCUCUGGAUCCCUCUCUAUCCCCCUGGAACCCUCUGGAUCCCUGUGAAUCCCUCUGGAUCCUUCUGGGUCCCUCUGGAACCCUCUGGAACCCUGUGGAUCCCUCUGGAACCCUCUGGAACCCUGUGGAUCCCUCUGGAACCCUCUGGAACCCUCUCUAUCCCUCUGGAACCCUCUGGAACCCUGUGGAUCCCUCUGGAACCCUCUGGAUCCCUCUGGAUCCCUGUGGAUCCCUGUGGAACCCUCUGGAUCUCUCUGGAACCCUUUGGAUCCCUCUGGAACCCUGUGGAUUCCUGUGGAACCCUCUGGAACCCUGUGGAUUCCUGUGGAACCCUCUGGAACCCUCUGGAUCCCUCUGGAACCCUCUGGAUCCCUCUGGAACCCUCUGGAUCUCUCUGGAACCCCGUGGAUCCCUCCGGAACCCUCUGGAUCCCUUCCUGUGGGCAAGCCUCUGGACUCCCCUGUGGAUCCUCUGGAACCCUGUGGAUCCCUCUGGAUCUCUCUGGAUCCCCGUGGAACCCUCUGGAUCCCUGUGGAUCCCUCUGGAUCUCUCUGGAUCCCUGUGGAACCCUGUGGAACCCUCUGGAUCCCUGUGGAUCCCUGUGGAUCUCUCUGGAUCCCUGUGGAUCUCUCUGGAUCCCUGUGGAUCUCUCUGGAACCCUGUGGAACCCUGUGGAUCCCUCUGGAUCUCUCUGGAUCCCCGUGGAACCCUCUGGAUCCCUGUGGAUCCCUGUGGAUCCCUCUGGAACCCUGUGGAUCUCUCUGGAACCCUGUGGAACCCUGUGGAACCCUGUGGAUCCCUCUGGAACCCUCUGGAACCCUGUGGAACCCUCUGGAACCCUGUGGAUCCCUCUGGAACCCUCUGGAUCCCUAUGGAUCCCUCUGGAUCCCUGUGGAUCCCCCUGGAACCCUGUGGAUCCCUCUGGAUCUCUCUGGAUCCCUGUGGAACCCUGUGGAACCCUCUGGAUCCCUGUGGAUCCCUCUGGAUCUCUCUGGAUCCCUAUCCCUCUGGAUCCAUCUGGGUCCCUCUGGAUCCCUCUGUAUCCCUGUGGAACCCUCUGGAUCCCUCUGGAUCUCUCUGGAUCCCCGUGGAUCCCUCUGGAUCCCUGUGGAACCCUGUGGAACCCUCUGGAUCCCUCUGGAUCCCUCUGGAUCCCUGUGGAACCCUGUGGAACCCUGUGGAUCCCUCUGGAACCCUCUGGAUCCCUGUGGAUCCCUCUGGAUCUCUCUGGAUCCCUGUGGAACCCUCUGGAUCUCUCUGGAACCCUGUGGAUCCUUCUGGAACCCUCUGGAUCCCCCUGGAACCCUCUGGAUCCCCGUAG